AUGCGUGGACUCAGGGCUGUGGGUGAGAGACACAGAGGCUUGUCCCGAACUGUGGACGAGUCAGAGCGAUCACACCGACCCACGGUGAGGAGAUCAGCGGGUUUGUCUCUCAUUUUAGAGGGAAAAAAUCAGGUUUUUGUGAGUGUUUUUGCGCGUGUCCGUCAGAGGAACUUCUGUGACCUCUGAGGUAAAUCCACGGAGUCUGUGUUUCUGUCACGGAUCACUGAGAAACGCUCUUCCCUCUCCUCCUAAUGGACCUCUUACUGCUGCAGGCCUCCCUAUCCAAACACAAGCACGCACGCGCAAUUGCACACGUGUGCGCACGGCCACAGUGCUCCAACUUUUACGCACGAGUGUCGGUUUAAUUUUCGGAAGAUUUGCCACAUCAUGUUCUGAAUUUAGUUUAUUUUUAUUUUAUCGAAAGGUUUAAAUUCAAAUUUUCUUUAUUUAGGUUAUUGAUGAAUCGAUCAGGUUUUUUUCCCCAUAACUUUUCGGACCUUCAAAAGAUCUAAAUUUGAGGCGCCACAGGUUAAAAACUCGCUCACGGUUAUAGAUAUGUAUAUAUUUUUUUACAGAUUGAUCAAACGCACCGUAACUAUGUGAUAAAAAGCUAAAACUAAAUUUAUUAAAUUCGUUAGGAAUCCAUGAAUUAUUGAUCAGAAUCAUGAUGACAAAUUUAAAACAUUAUUUUCAGGUGAGAAAAUUAAACUCGAAAAAACAGUUUUUCUAAAAUUUCAAUACAAAUGUUUUUUUUUUAUUUCCUUAUUUGUCUUUUGUAAAAUUAAAUUCAGUUUGAGAAAUAAAACUUUAAAGGAUUUAAUGAACUUUUUUUGUCAUCUUAAUUUUUACUCAGGUCCGUUUCAAAGCCAAAAAUAAUACAAUAAAAACAUUAUUUUUCUGCUUUUUUCAGAUCUCCAGUUUGCGUGUGUAUUUCUAAUUUUCUCACUGGCAGAAAAGUUGACUAAUUAAACCAAAAAAUCAUAAAGACACAAAUGAUUUCAGAGCGUACAAGACGACUUAAAGGACGAUGGGAUAAAUAGAUAUUUUUAAUUCCUUCGUUUAAUUUGUCGUUUCUUGUUUUUUCUCAAAUGUUUUUAUAAAAAGUUCAGAUCAUUUUAAUGUAAAACUAAAGUUUUAACAGAUUGUUUUUAAUGCUCAUUAAAACUGUAAUUAAGUCCGUGUUUGAUAAAUUUGAGUUUUUCAACUUCGAACUGAUUUUGUUUUUGUUUUUUUUUUUCUCUUAGUGACAUUUUUAAUCUGAGUAAAUCACCUCCUGCAGAGUUUAUUUUUAUCACAGUCUCGAUUUAUUUAAGUUUAUUAUUUUUAAAUCUUCAGUCUGAAAUAAAAAAAAACUUUUUUUCAGACUCCGCGCAGUUUAAAAAAAUCACGUCCUAAAACAAAACAUAAACAUAAAUAGACUCAGAAGAUCUUUUGUACCAACAGCCAUCAGGCUUUAUAACUCUUAUAUAAAUAAUAAAGAACUUUUAGAGACAUAUUACGCGAGACAACAGACAAUCGAAUUUUCCUUCGGGAUCAAUAAAGUUCUUAUUAUUAUUAUUAUUAUUCUCAAAUAAACAUCGAAAGAAGAAGAAGAUUUGAUAUAAGACUCAGAGUAAAGUUGAUCUUAAACGUGGAAUUUUUCCCCACACACACACAGGAGCGUUUGGCUGAGUCUCUCUCUCUCUCUCUCUCUCUCUCUCUCUCUCUCUCUCUCUCUCUCUCCAUCCAUCCAUCCAUCCAUCCACCCAGAGCCGCCUGGCGCCUCCGCUGGGCCGCAAAUGACAGCAGACAGGAGGUGUAGCAUUUCCCAUUGUUAGGCUACCUGUAACACACACACACACACACACACACACACACACACACACACACACAUAGUGAGGUAAAGAGAGAGAAAUACCAUCAGUAUCCCAGCAUGCCUUAAGUUCUGAAGAUUCUGUAUUAACAAGAAAAGUGAGUUUAGUUUGUUUUUACAACAUAAACAUAAAAAUAAUUCACUUCACUAAAUCUGUUAAAAAGGGGGCGUGGUUAAAUGUUAGUGAGACAAGAUAUGAAGCAACGAAACAAAAGUUAUCAGCCAAUAAUCAAGGUUAUCAAUAUUUACAGACUUUGGGAUCAUUUAAGUGGUCUAUAUCAGAACAGAGGAGGUCCAGGAUUAGAGCCCUGGGGUCCCCCACUCAUCAUCUCAGCUCUAAUGAAGUUUUACCCGUUUACAGACACAUACUGUUCUCUGUAAUUGAUUAAAAAAUACACUUUUAGUUAUUUUGUUAUAAAGAUUUAAUGAUCUACAAAGUCUAAAAAUAAACUGAGAGAAUUUUUAUCAUUUAGGUCUGAAGAAAUUUUAUCAACAAAGACUUUCACAGUUUCUCUGACGGUAAAGUUACUUUCUCAUCACAUCAAGUUUUUCAGACUCAAACUAAGAUUCACAUUUCUGUCAACGACAUCAUCUUUUUAUGGGUUAAACUACCAGGGGCGUGUCCAGACUGUUUCCACCGGGGAGGCCGACUCAGGGACUGAGUUUUUCAGGGGUGACCAGGUUUGAUCCAGAUUACAGGUUUAAUUCAAACUUAAGAAAACUGAUUCGAUAUCAGAAUAAGUUCAGAGGUGAAGAUGUUAUUCUGAUUAAAAAUGUCAUUUUGUACUCAGCUGUAUAUCGUGAUGAACACCUGAGAGGGUAGAUUGACGCCCGCUAACCUGUCGCGGUGGUCAUGGUUCUUUGAUGGCGGUGCUGUCCAUGGUGCCUCAUCUGAAACAAUCGAAAACACUCAGAAAACUUGAGCUCAGUUUAAUAAUCUGCAAAGUCUCAUUUUGAGUUAAAUCAUUAAAUUUGUUCCUUUAAAAGACUUUCUAAAGCUUUUUCUGAACCAGUUGUUAGCGAGAGUAAAUCUUUAUUUCCUGUGUGAAAUGAUGGUGUUGAGAUUAUAUCAGAACUUAAAUCCAGCAGACAGACCCGACCUGAAGUCCUGCGAUCACUUUCUGAGUCUGAUCUGCUUAAAAAGGAGCUCUUCCGUCCUCAGACCAGGUCUGAUUUAAAGGGACUUCUCCGUGUUUGUGUGUCUGAUAAAGAGCCAAACAGAAGCUCUGCAGAGGUCACAGGUUUCCGCCCAGCUCUGUCAGCGCCAACAGAUAACACGAGCUAAGAAACCACAACCGCAGUCCGCUCUGCUGUGGUUUUCCUGCAGGGAAACCUCAGAGGACUCGGUAAUGAACCCUGUGGUACACAGAAAAUAAAGCUCGCUCUUCAGCUCAAGGUAACAGAGCUGAUAGGAGAAAAAAGUCUCUUUAAAAGCUGCAGGAUUUCAGGGUUAAUUCCUGAUAAUAUAAACCCUACAUGAAGCCGAGAAAACCAAGGAACCCAACCAGACCUGAGGCCAGGAGAGGAACGAGUAAAAGAAAUUCAGAGGAGACACUACAGAGUCAAAAUUUAGGAGAGAAUCACAUAAAAGCAAGUCUGUAAAAAUGAGUUUUAAAAACAGAGGUAAAAGAAGUGAGUCACUCUGUGAGCUUCAUCUCCUCGGGUUGGUUGUCUCAAAGUCGACGGGUCCUGAUGGGAAAAACUUCGUCACCUGAAGUUUAAAUCUGGAGGUCCACACCCCAGGUUCCGAUCAUAAUUCAGUAAGGACGCCAGAACCCGACCCAAAAGUGAUUCGUUAAAUCCCACUAACUGCAAACUUACAGGGAGGCUAACCCGGGAUUUACACCAGUUUUGGAACAGCGAUUUCACUGAACGCCAAUUCCUACCAUAGUGGAUUACCACUGACAGCAGGAAUCGCAAAAACUCACAAGAACCCGAGGAUUCACGUUCAAUCUCACGAUAACGAGUUGUCUCUCUAAAGACAGACACAUAGACAUAUAAGCAGUAGAUUGUGUCCUUCCAGAGGAGGAAAUCUACUUCUAGACUUCUAGAAUCAGCAUCUCCUCAUCCAUGGUGUCAUCGGGGUGAAAUGACGUCUAAAAACCUUUCACUUGUUCGUCUCCGCCCGUUUGCAUGGUGUGAAAUACGAUCCUCCUGAAACACGGAGUGUUUUAUUUUGAAAAGAAGCCGGAUGUUUUAUUUUGUGUCUGUGCCCGACUUCCUUUCCAGCACGGGUUAAUCUGUGCUGAAUUUAUCCGCCAUGCUCCGGCGUCCAGAAAAAAUAGAACUCUUGUGAUCAGCUGAGGAGUCCGGCGAUCCUCAGAGGAACGGAAAGAAGUCGGUGUAAAUUGACACGUUAACUUGAAUGGUUACGAUCAGCUACGAUCGGAGGAUACGACCUUUUAGGAGACGAUCAGGAUGUAAUCUUAUCUGUCAUCACUCGUCACUGAACCGUCUCUCCUUCAUUGGUUCUUGCUGUAGUUCAAACAUUACCCAGUGGAGCUUUAACAGCAGCUGGACUUCACAUGUAAACACAUGAAGAAUAAAGAAUAUCUAACCCUGAUCGUCUUUCCAAACAGCUUCAUUGUGUCAUCUGAGGAUCUUUGUGGGAACCUUCUGAGGAACUUAUCCAGAUCCUGAGGUAAAAGUCUGGACUCCUCAGUCUGGAUCACUCAUGUCCAGGUGGGACCAUCAGACCCUGGAGAUCCCUGAACCUCGGUUUGUUGUUCCCUAAGUUGUUUGAUUUCUGCUCCUGCUGCAGACUCUUGGUCAUGUGACACAGAAAGUCAGCGCUCAGCGUGGCGUCUUUGGAUUUAAUGUUAUUUAAAGAAGAUGGAGGCCGCCUGGUGCCAGUCUAAACACUAUCUGGUCUUGUUUGGCGUUUUUUUACGAGGACACACUGAUGAUGAUAUAAAGUGAAAUGAAGAGAGUCGCCGGGGAGUCUACAGGGCCGAGCCUUAGAGCCAUAGAAAGAGCGUCACAUCAGGAUAUUUACUGCUGAGUGGGCUGCAGACUAAACCAGGGACCAGGGUCUGCAGGAUUCACUGUGCACAAAAACAUGCACACUUUAUCAGAAUCUUCUUUCUAUUAUAUCAAAUAUAACAGCCUCUUUAUGGGAGCUGCUCUGCACAGCGUCAGUAAUAACACAUUAAAUAUGAUUUCUUAUUGAAAUAUGAUCGUCUUAUGAUGUUUUAUUUAUUCAGUAAAGAUUUAAGGUCGGACACUGAGCUUUGGGAUUUUUGUGUCUUACAUUAACAACAUUGUUGAAGAACAGCAGAUUCAUUUAUCUGUGUGUUUUUGUAGGACUGAAGUGAGGUCGAUGAUUGGAUCUUUAGAUAAGAGAGAGUUUAUGUCAUUAAUGCAUAAAUACUAACAGUGUCAUAAAGUAUUUAUUUUUAAUUUUCACUUGUGUGCCUCUCUACAAUGUUUCUCACAUAUUAACUUAUCAUGGACAUGUACCAGGCCGUAUUAAAUCACAUCAUCAUAAAUCAUAUUUUGUAUACCAUUAUAUCCUGUUCAGGUGUAUUUUAGCACAUCAUAUCAUAUCAUAUCAUUUCUUAUCAUAUAUUAUCAUAUCAUAUCAUAUUGUAUCGUACUGUAUUAUAUCAUUUUGUAUUAUUCCAUAUCUUAUUGUAUCAGAUGAUAAUGUAUCAUAUUAUAUGGUAUUGCAUUAUAUCAUACAGUAUUGUAUAGUAUUGCAAUUCUGUAUUUUUGUAUUAUCUAUCAUAUCAUAUACUUCAGUCUUGUAUUAUAUUGUAUCAUAUUGAAUCAUAUGAUUAUCAUAUUGAUUCAAAUCAUAUCAUGAAGUCUUGAGUUUUUAUUGUGCUGUAUCUUGUCAGAACAUAUCCUAUCAAAUUGUAUGAUAUUGUAUCGUAUAGAAGUAUACCGUAUAGAAUCAUAACACAUUGUAUAGCUGUAUUUUUGAGUACUAUAACAGGCCAUAUUGUAUCAUAUUGUACUUCAUCGUCUGGGAUUGUGUAUCUUAUAUUAUUUUUAUGUUGUUUCAUAUGUAUUAUGUCAUAAUGUGUGUUGCAUUGUAUUGUAUCACAUCAUUUCUACUGUAUCAUCUUGUUUCGUAUAUUACUGUAGUGUGUUGUAUUGUAUGGCUUUAUUUUGUAUUGGAUCAGAUUAUAUUGUAUCAUAUUGUAUUAUGCAGUAUCAUAUUUAAUCCAACUGUAUUGUAUAUAUGUAGCGUUCUGCACCCUGUUGCACUAAAUUGUAUCAAACUAUAUUAACUCAGACCUCAUCAUAUUAAACCAUAUAUUACCUCAUAUCACAUCUAACUAUUCCAUAUAUUAUUAUAGUUAUAAAGAAUCAGAUCAUUUAGUAUUGUGUCAUUUCAUAUCAUAUUAAACCACACAGUAUAUUGUGAUGCAUUAGAUAGUGUUGUAUUAAACCAUAUCAAACAACAUCGCACAUAUCAAAGUCAAACAGGUGUUUUAUUUUAUUUCAUAUCAGUUUCUCAGAGCUGAGGCGACGUGUUUGUUUGCUUUAAAUGAUAUGAUAUUUGGCUGGAGUUUGGUUUGAAUCUCCACACUAUAAAAAUGUUGUUUUCCAGCACAGUGAACAUAUAUAUAUGUUAUAUAUAUAUUAUAAUGUUGGGCUCAUUCAUGUUUCACUGCCACAAACUGACAGUCAGAAACUCAGAGGGAAACUGGAAUCAACUUUACAGCUUUUUACAUCAGAUCAAAUGUUGGACAUGUUUACUAAUCUGUUCCUGAGUUAAGAAUAAGCAGUAAUGUCACCUAAAAUAAGAAUUAGAUACUGUGAGCUGGUAUUCACAGACAGUACUCUUCAGGUAUUAAGACCCUCAACAUAACAUGACUGCUGUUAAGUAUUUAGGACAACUGUGGAGACAUAGUUCAGGGGUUACAGUCACAAAUAUCAGUUUUUAUUCUCCUUAUGAUAAUAAAAAUAUAAUACAUGUGAAAAAGUGAGAGUUCAAAACAACUUUUAAAAGUAAGGUGAGGAGAUAAAGUCAGGAUCAGUGAGUUUGGCUAAUUCUGAAAACUUCAGUUUAUGUCUCUGAGCUUCACUGAGAAGAACUUUCUGCUGCAUCUUAAAGUGUUUGAAACUCCACAUCAACUUUAUUAAAGUAUAAAUAUGAACCAGUGAGCUGCAGUUUUCAGUGUGUGUCUCUGUGCUUCUCAACUCUUACCUUCUCUGGAGACUCUGCGGGCUGUUUGCUGUCAGACUGACCCGCAGGAGGAGCGGAGGCAGCAGGGUGACACAGGCGAAGGGUCCCGCUGGAAAACGGAAAGGGGAGCUGAUAGGAGCAGAUUAGAGCGAGCUAAAAACGUCAGGCCGUUUUCCUGGAGGAAUCUUAAUUGCCCCGGGGGGCCUGCUUAUCGGCGCAGAGCGGUUAUUAAUACAACAGCAGCGAUAAAGAGGACAGAGGGACACCGAGGCCGGCCGGCUACUGGAGACUCUGGGAGAGGAGAGGAGAGGAGAGGAGAGGAAAGGAGAGGAGACGAUAGGAGAGGACAGGAGAGGAGAGGAGAGGAGAUCUUUGAGUCAGUGUGACAGAGAUCCACGAGCUUCUAAAAUCACAAUCCUAAACCUUCUUUCUCACUUGGAUCUAAUUUUGGAGUUUUAGUCUCCAGUCUGACUCUUCUUAACUUUUGAACAAAUCCCAGUUUCUAAACUCGUCUGAAUAAACUCUGACCAAUCUACGUGUUUAUUUUCUUUCUUACAAAUAUGAGCACUCCUGAUUUCAGUCAUCACGGGGUCUUCAAAGCUGCACAUGUGUGACUUUUCUAGAGUUUCCAUUAACUUCAGAAUCUCUGAGUUUAAAACGAGCCGUCAUUUUAAAUCCAGAGGGAAACAGGUUUCUGUUUCUCGUGCAGCUCGUGUUUCACGUACAGAAAACCGUAUAGAGAGAUCAUGUUGUGUAUGAAUCUGAUUUUUGAUGUUUCUCUUCCUCUCCUGAAGUCAAGAGUUCGCCCUGCUGCUCUGCUGACCCCUGACCUGACGCACAGGUUUACGCACGAGGAUUCAACACGAGGAUUCAACAGCUUCUGUAUUAAAACUGAAUAUAAGACGUUCAAAGACAUGAAACAUUAACAGUUUUAUGUAUUUGGAGCUGUAAAGAUCUGUGUUUUAAUCAGGGGUUUGUGUGUAAAUAUAGUGUGUAACAGGAUUCUGUCAGAAGAUGGUUAAAGGAACAGUAAUGUAGAUACCAUUGUCAGUGAUUUGGUUGAUUUUUAACAAGAAAAAUUUAUUAAUUGAAUCAUUAAAUAAAUAUGAUUUUAGACACAUAACCUGACAGUUCAGAGUGGAUCUAAUGUUCGUGAGCUACAGGGAGGAACAGAUUAUUGAUUAUUGAGGGACACUCACGUUUUUGCACAAGACUAGGAGAGUUAUAGUGUUCUUAUAUGAAGUUGUUUUUGUGUUAUAGUCUUAGAAAACCUGUAAAGCUGAAAGUUUUCUGUUUAUUCCCCAAGAGUUACUGCGAGUAAUUUAACAUGUAAGUCCAAGAUAAACAUGAAUUAAAUAUACGCCAUUAAGUCUUGUCCCUAUCAGAUUAAAGUCACAUUAAUAAGUUAAUAAAGUGUGAUUUUAUGAGAAAAGAAGAGGUGUUUGGAUCAGUUUCAUUCAGGCUAAAAUAACUGAUCUCUGAGAGCAGCUGCUGUCUCUGAAGGAGGAUCAGGAUCAUCAGCUGAAGUUUGUUCAGGAUUCAUGUUAGUCUGUCUUUUUUCUUUCACCUUCAUUCAUGCUCAAAGUUCCUCAUAUGAGUUCUCAGACUAAAAUUAUCUCUUUUUUUUCACUAUAGGACCAAAAUACUCCACCAUAGCUCAGCAGUAUUUACAGCAGACUAACACUUACCUGCUCAGACUUCAUUGACGAUAAAAUAAAAUAAUUUUGUUCCUUUUUGUUCCUCCUUCAAUAAAGUUUUUGUGUUAAUUUAUAUCAUUAAGUUAUUUUCCAAUUAGCCUGAGUUCAUGAGGCUGAAGUUCUCUCAUAUAAACCGACUCUAAAAGUUAUUUUAUGUUUUGAGAAGAUUCAUUUAACCUUCUAUGUACCCUAAUAAUUUUACUCCCUGUCUGAAAAAAUAUCAGACAGGUAUUUUUUAAAACUUUUUUUCUCAGAUCUCUUCAUCAAUCUUAGUCCUGAUAAAAAAAUACUGAUUUUUUUAAAAUAUGUAUUGGAUUUAACCCUUUAGAUGCCAGUUUUAGAGCUGAUGUCACUGAUUUGAGGGGGAAAAAAACACAAAAUGACUGAUUUUCUUUCAUUUUUUUAAGUUCAGAGGCUGUAGAUUUUUUGCAUGCUAUCACACUCUUGGAUAUGUCAAAUAUUAGUAACACAUUUAGUUUGAUGCAUUAUUAUUUUUUCAGAUUUUAGUUUUACUCCCCUUCAUCCUCUUCUGGCUGUUUUUGUCCUCUAACUUUAGCUGCUGUAAAAACAUUUCAGAGAGAUUUUAAACUUUUUUUCCUCAGAUCUCUUCAUCAAGUUCAGUCCUGAUAAUAAAUACUGAAUUUUUUUAAAAACAGAUGUUGAUUUUAACCCUUUAAAAGUCUGUUCUCCAUGAGAAGAGUGUCACCUAAACUUCAUGAUUCCUGUUUGUUCCUAAAUGUCAGAAACUUUAGAAACUCCUCAUGACAGGAGAGUCUCUGUGAUCCUCCCUGUCCUCCAUAUUCACACCAGUCCACGAACUAAACCAGAACGGGAACAAGCGUCACGUACGCCCCACCUUCCCUCCCUCCCUCUCUCCCUCUCUCUCUCUCUCUCUCCCUCCCUCUCUCUCCCCCCUCAGGCCCACUCGGCCUUCCCCUCACCCCUCCCCCUGACAUCAGAGGCGCUCUGUCGCCCCGGUCCAAACUCCUCUCACAAAGCCCCACAUCACAUCUGUCAGAGAGGAGACCUGUACGGACAAAACCGGGACUACAGCUCAGGUUUUCGGGCGGUUCAUGGCGAUGAGGGAUCCCAGAGGCUUAGCGCACCUCCACUUUCCAAAGAAGGGGCUAUUAAGCUCAAUCAUUUGUUAGGGAAGGAGGGGAACGGAAAGGGGGAGUGCAUGUUACUCGGUGGGAUUCAUUUCCUCGGUGCUGCAGAGCAGGAGCUGGAUGACAUGAUGCUGCAGAGCCCGCUCACCUCCACGCCGUUUUCUGUGAAGGAUAUCCUCAAACUGGAGCAGCAGCAGCAGCAGCAGCAGCAGAGGUCCGGGUCUUUGGAGCUCCAGCACCGAGCUCACAGCGCUCAGCAGCAGUUGGCUGGCUCUCCUCCUCCUCCUCCUCCACCUCCUCCUCCUCCCCAGCAGCAGCACUACCAGAGUCCGCCGUCCUGCAUGCUCGCCGGGGCCCGGGACAGUCCCUCCUUCUCGGACGGAGAGGACAAUCUGGCGUACCUGAGCGCGCUGGCGGUGCGAGGGGAGGAGGACCGCGGGGACACCAGUCUGUCCCCGGACAUGUACGUCCAUCCCGGGCUGCAGGGAGCCAAGCUGGAGGCCGCCGAGCUGGACGAGCAGGAGAGCAGUGAGUAAACGAUCAAACAAAAGACAACAAAGAAGAGAAGCAACAAUCAGACAGAGAGAAUAAAACCACAUGAAAGUUUAACAACAACAACAACCGUAAAGAUCAGACUCUUGGUUUUAAAGUUUAAUCUGUGUUUUUAGAGGCUGAACUCACAGAUUUACUCCAACAGAAACAGAUUUUUCUGAAACCUCCAAACCUCUCCUCUUUACGCACAGAGACGUUAAAAACUAAAGACCAGAAAUAUCUGAUUAAACCGGCUGUAGGCAGGUCCUGUCCGGACUAAUGGGGCGUCAAGAACGGUGUGGACCGAGUGGACAGGAGGGUUCAGUCCUGCGUGAAUGUCCGAGUGUCUCUGUGAUAAACGGAAUCAUUGUUCAGCAGAUUAUUCAGUUACAGGGUUAAAGAGGAGUCAGCUGUAAAAGAAACCAACUGUAGAGAGGAAGAAAAUAAACUCUUUAUAAAGUUUAGAAAUGAAGAUCAGGUGUCCUCGGAGGUGUCCCCCACUCCUGACACGGUCCCAAUAAAGAGCUAUCAAAUGGUCGGAGGCCUGAGACGGAUCCAGUAAAGUCUGCAGAUGUCAAACAGUCUGGAGUGUCUGUAGCUCGGAGUCUGUUAUGAUGUGUGGACCAUAAACCGACGAGGAGUUUAAAGAGGCUGUAAAAGAAAUGAGACAAUAAACACACGGGCCGUGGCAGACACGGGCGGCUCUGUACCCACGCUGCGAGUUUCAGUAAAACCGGUUAGAAACAGUUUUAAAGGUUUUAUUUCACUUCACGAGUUCAAAAGUUACAAAAGUUUAACAGUUUACCUCAAACUGAGAGAGUGACAUUCGACUUUUCUGUGAUAACGGAGAUUUCACGUUCUCUGCAAAUAUAAAUCAAUAAUUGAAUCAAUAGAAAUCUUUAUUGAUAUUUGACUGUUUGGAAUUUUAAACUGUGUUUUAAAAUACAUUUGUACUAAAACAAGAGAGGGGGUCUUAGAGCUAACGUUUAAUGUCUGUAUAUGACAGAAGAAGAAGAAGAAGAGGAAGAGGGACACAAAACAAGAACGAGAUUAUCGUAAAAUUAGGAGAAAAAUGUGAAAGAAAACUUGGAGAAUCAAAACUGAUUACAGAACUCUUAAAAUAGAAAAAAUAAAAGUAUUAAAUUUACAAGGUUAAGAAAAUAAAAGUCUUAAAUUAAAGAUAAUGUUUUUUAACGAGAUGAGGUUUUAUUUUUAUUUUUUAUGUAAAUAAAUUCUUAGUUUAAUUGGAUUAAAGUCAAAGAAAAACGGGUGAAUUUUUUUCUAUAACAAAAUUAUAAAAUCAAAGUCUAAAAUCUUUAAGUUUAUUUUAAAGUGACAGAAAAACGGUGGUAAAUGUACAAAAAUAUAGUUUUUGGUUUCGAAGAUAAAAGUCAUAAAUUUAUGAAGGUCAGAGGAGAAAAAGUCACAAAAUGAAGGAAAAAUAAACUUUAAAUUAAUAGGAAUGAAGCUGGAAAAAAACAACGAGAAGAUUAGUGUCUCUAAAUUUACGGGCAGAACUCUGUAAAUUAUAGUUUUUAAUUUAGGAAAAUUAAUUCUUAGCAGGUAAAAGUUGAAGUUGCUGAUUCACCAGAAAUUGAAGAAUUUUAAAACAAUUUCAACAUUUAAAUCAAAGAUUAACAGGAAUUUAAUUUACACCAUUAAGUCUUUAAUCUAUGAGAUUAAAUUAUAGCAGUGUUGAGUUAAUAAAGUUUAAUUUUAUAAGAAAAGAAGAGGUGUUUGGAUCAGUCUGAGGCUCAUUCAGGCUAAAAUAACUGAGAGGUAAACAGCUGCUGCUGUCUCUGAAGGAGGAUCUGGAUCAUCAGCUGAAGUUUGUUGUUAGUUUGUUUCUUUAACCUUCAUUUAUGCUCAAAGUUCCUCAAGAGUUUUCAGACUAAAAUUAUCACUUUUCUCUCACAGAGUCACGAGUUAAAUCUCAUUAAAGGGUCUAAAAUCCUCCAUCAUAUCUGAGCAGUUUUUACUCCAGAUUAACAGUUACCGGCUCAGACUUCAUACUCGAUAAAAUCACAGAAUUUUGUUCCUUUAUUAAACCUGAUUCUCGAUGAUAUUUCAUGAUCUGAAACUCCUCCUGUGUGACUCUCACCUGCGCAGAGAGCUGUGGUUUGGUGUCCCGGGAGGAGGCCUCAGAGGGCGGGCAGGGAGACUCGGAUCGGCCGGUGCAGAAGCAGAGGAGCCGGCGGAGACCCCGGGUGCUCUUCUCCCAGGCGCAGGUCUUCGAGCUGGAGCGUCGCUUUAAGCAGCAGCGGUACCUCUCCGCCCCGGAACGGGAGCACCUGGCGACCACCCUCAAACUCACCUCCAACCAGGUGAAGAUCUGGUUCCAGAACCGCCGCUACAAGUGCAAGAGGCAGCGGCAGGACAAGUCUCUGGAGGCGGCGGGUCAGCACCACCCUCCUCCGCCGCGGCGGGUCGCUGUGCCGGUGCUGGUCCGGGAUGGGAAGCCUUGUCUCGGGGGAGCGCAGAGCUACCCCGCCGCUGCUGCUCCGUACGGAUCCAACCCGUACUCCUAUAACGGAUACCCCGCUUACACCUACAACAGCCCCGCUUACAACAGCAACUACAGCUGCACCUACACCAGCAUCCCGGCCCUGCCCCCCUCCAGCUCCUCCAACGCCUUCAUGAACAUGAACUUGGGGAACGUGAGCGGCCUCGGCGGCUCCGCGCAGCCCCAGACACACCAAGGGACUGCGGUCACGUCGUGCCAGGGCUCCCUGCAGGGGAUCCGGGCCUGGUAGCCUCCCCACUAUAGCCGGGCUGCAGGGCUGCAGAGCUGAGGCCUCUGUCAUGGAGCUGUUUUAAGUGUUUUUUAGAGGUGUGUGACGGCGGCCUGAGAGGACAGUGUUUCUACCAGGUUAGAGUUUGAGUCAGCUGACAGAUCAGACUGAAUCCACUGAUUAAAGUGUGUCACAGCCGCAGUGAGUGUGCGUAAAGGCCGCGUGUCACCCACUCAGACUCUGGUCCAAAAACUGUUGAAAAGGCUUUUUUUUGUUGGCACAUGUUGGACCGGAUAUAAGGCAUGAGUUUGGACUGAACUCAGACAGAUCCACUUUUUUAAUCUUGUUUAAACUUGAUAUUUUCAGCUUUAUGUUGUUUUUGCGCGCAGAGAAAUGUUUGAGUUUAUUCCACAUGGUAUCAAAUAAACGGAACUGAGAAAA